GGCUCCGGGAGGCAGAGUUCUCCCUGUGGCCGCCAUUAGAGAAAGGAAUCCGUGAAUUCAAAUGGAAACCAGCAGGAACACAGACCGAGAAUAGGCGUUUUACAAAAAUGACUCAUUUAAUGUAGGUUCUCGUCGCCUUUUCGAUGAUUUUACCGCGGAAUGCUUUUCGUUUUUAAGCCGCUUUCGAUGGAGGAGUAAGAGAGCCGUUUUUAAGCUAAAACCGUUUCUAAGCCAAGGGGGAGGGGGGAGAGUUGCCUCUUUUGCUCUCCCUGUUCUUUUUCUAUUUUAAUAACGUACCCCUCCUCGGUUUUUACAUGUAAUUUAUUCCCUCACAGCCUCGUCCACGGUUGAGGCCGUUUUUUUUUAUUCGAAUUUGGGCUGAUCGCGGGAGGCGUGAGCGAUCGAAUGGGGCUGUUGAAUUCCAUUCCUCCACCGAUUGUUUAAAAAUAAUUCCGUUCACAUUCGGCUCGAAUUCGGAGAAACGUUCUUUUUCUUUUUCCAUGGAAACCCCGGUGAUGGGAUGUUCGAGCGCGCAGUGAAAGGAUGAGUGCUUGUUUCGUAGCGAACGGGGCCAGCUUGGAGGACUGCCAUUCCAAUCUAUUCUAUCUGCCAUUUGGACUUUUCCCGUCAGCUGUCAAUGGUCUACACUUUGACUGCUGAUUUGAUGGGGAUAAAAUGGAAGAGGUACGUUUGGCAGGGUCCGACCUCAGCGCCCAUGCUGUUCCCCGUCACAGAGGAGGACCCCAUCCUCUGCAGCUUCAGCCGCUGUCUGAAGGCGGAUGUGCUGAGCGUGUGGCGGAGGAGCCAGAGACAGGGACGCCGGGAGCUCUGGCUUUUCUGGUGGGGCGACGAUCCCAACUUCUCUGAGCUCAUCCACCACGAGCUCAUAGGCGAGGACGAUGGUGUGUGGGAAAAUGGUCUGUCUUACGAAUGUCGUACUCUUCUAUUCAAAGCCAUUCACAACCUGCUGGAGCGCUGUCUCAUGAACCGUAGUUUCGUACGCAUCGGCAAAUGGUUCGUCAAACCCUACGAAAAGGACGAGAAACCCAUAAACAAGAGAGAACACCUGUCUUGCUCCUUCACAUUCUUCCUGCAUGGAGACAGUAACGUGUGCACCAGCGUUGAGAUCAACCAGCACCAGCCCGUGUACCACCUGAGCGAGGAGCACCUGACACUGGCCCAGCAGGCCUCCAGCCCUUUCCAAGUGAUUCUGAGUCCAUUUGGACUGAACGGGACAUUGACCGGCCAGUCCUUCAAGCUCUCUGACCCCCCAACACAGAAGCUCAUCGAAGAAUGGAACCAGUUCUAUCCCAUCAGUCCCACUUCCAAGGAGAGCGCAGAGGACAAAAUGGAGGACGUCGACUGGGAGGACGACUCGCUGGCAGCAGUGGAGGUGCUUGUUGGUGGUGUGCGCAUGGUGUAUCCCGCAUGCCUGGUGUUAGUCCCACAGUCAGACAUCCCCACUAUAACACCUGCCGGGUCCUCGCACUGCAGUGCUGUCUAUUCAAAUGGCCAUCCAGUGCCUGCUUCAAACCGUGACCCCGCCAUCUCCUCUGUGACCCUGACCCCUCCCACCUCACCUGAGGAGGCCCAGACAGUUCACUCUCAUUCUGCGCAGAAGUGGAUGCGGUUGCCGAUGGCGAUGGAUGGAUUCAGUGUUGACAGCACCAGUCACCACGGUGGCAAAAUUCCACGAAGGAUGGCCAGCCAGGUGGUCGAAACCGUCUGGCAGGAGUGCAACAUCAACCGAGCUCAGAACAAACGAAAAUUCUCCACCACAGCCUCCAACGGGACCAGCGAGGAGGAGACACAGAUAAAAGUGGGCGCUUGGGAUUUUGUCGAAUCCACACAGAGAGCAAAUUGCAACUGUUCAAGGCACAAAACACCGAAGCAGAGAGCAGGCAGUACGCCCGGCCAGCCGCCCACCGCCGGUCAGACCCAGCAGCUGCCCAUCAAGCACAAAGCCGGGGAGAAGCCAGAAAAGGGCGACAAGCAACAAAAACGGCCACAAACACCUUUCCACCACCGCAACUCUGUCUGCGAAGAUGUUUCCAUGGAAACCGAUGCCUCUGCAGGCCAACGCUUAGCCCUUAGAGGUCAGGAGGGUGGGCGAUUUCCUGGGCUACGCCCAUCUGAUGUAAGCACUGGCUCUAAACCUCCACAACUUCACGGAGCAACUGUGGGCGCCAGUGGCCUGACUGAGAUGGUCGGCUCCCCUCAGCCACCACCGCUAAGCCCUCACCCCUGUGAACAGGGUGAGGAAACCUCUGACGUCAAGAACCCCUCUACCCCCCAUAGCCAACAUUUUUACCCUCCCUCAGCAGAGCCAUGCCUCCUGCCUCAGAAGGGCACCGAUGAUGCCCGUUUGGAGCCCCUCACUCAACCUUUCCCCCCUGCGUACCCUGAGCCCUUGGAGCCCACCCCGUAUAUCAGUGCCGCAGUACACCUGGAAGAUAACGGAAGUCAUGCACCAUGGAGGUUCUUUAACUUACCACGUAGGAAAUAUUCAGAGUUUCCCACGCCGUCGCUACCAGGAGAUAAACUCAGAGAAGAGACAUCACUCGGAGCUGAAGGGAUUAUGUCUGUUACAGAGUUAAUGGCUGCCUCCAAAAGGCCUCUGAAGGUCUCAGAUGAGCGAAUCCAAACAUACCUGCAGCGACAGAACCAGCACCUGGCUGCAGCCAUCACAGACGGCGACCACGAGCCUGAGGUCGACCCCUACGCCUUCGUCGACGGGGAUGUUAAGUUCACUUUUUCGGAUAAGAAAGACAAAGCCGGGGGAGACCGAGAACCAGGAAAGAAACACAAGGGAGAAGACGGCAGUGCUACUCUAUCUGAUGAUGCUCAGCAGGCUGCAGCUCAUAACCGGGCUGCUUCUACCAGUCUCAUACAUGAUUCAGACCUGGCAGUCUCCAUCAAAGACCUUGACAACCUAUUUAACUCGGAUGAGGACGAGCAAACACCUGGAGCACGAAGAGCUGUAAAUGGAGCAGAUGAGAAGUUUGGCAGCAAAGAAUCAAAGCCAGCCACACUGGACCCUGUCUCCUGUAUAAGCACGGCCGAUCUGCACCAGAUGUUCCCUACACCUCCCUCUCUGGAGCAGCACAUCAUGGGUUACUCCCCCAUGAACAUGGGCAGUAAAGAGUAUGGCUGCAUGGAGCCAGGCUCUGGCCUCAACACACUGGACGGCCCCUCUGUUCUUGGAGGCCAGUUUAAGAUCGAGGUAGAGGAGAGUUUCUGUAGCCCCAAACCUUCUGAAAUCAAGGACUUCUCAUUUGUAUACAAGCCGGAAUUGUGUCAGCCAUUUGUGGGCUGUUCCAUGUUUGCCCCCCUGAAAUCUCUGCCCAGUCAGUGCCUGCCUUCUAUCAAACUGCCUGACGAAUGUAUGUACAGGCCCAGCUGGACAGUGGGAAAACUGGAGCUACUCAAUUCAGUACCUCCUAUGACCAUCUUUAGCAAGGACGGUGAAAACAGUGCUAUGGAACAAGAGUAUAUUCAGACAUACACCCCUCAAACCCACACGCCGUUCUUAUCCAGCAGCGCCCCACCCAGCAAUGGGGGCACUAGUAUCCUCCCGUCCCCUGCAACGCCCCGUUUCUCAGCUCCCACCCCUCGUACCCCACGGACACCCCGAACCCCCAGAGGCCCCGCUAGCGUACAAGGAUCCCUGAAAUAUGAGAACUCAGACCUGUACUCACCGGCCUCUACACCUUCCACCUGCAGGCCGCUCAACUCGGUGGAGCCUGCGACGGUCCCCUCUAUCCCUGAAGCCCACAGCCUGUACGUCAACCUUAUCUUGUCGGAAUCUGUCAUGAACCUAUUCAAAGACUGCAACUUCGACAGCUGCUGCAUCUGCGUCUGCAACAUGAACAUCAAAGGCGCAGAUGUGGGUGUUUACAUCAACGACCCCAACAUGGAAGCCCAGUAUCCUUGUGGGUGCGGCUUCAGCGCCGUCGUCAACCGUCGCUAUGGCAAUGGCUCUGGCCUCUUCUUGGAGGACGAGCUGGAUAUCAUCGGCCGGGGUUCAGACGUGAGCCAGGAGGCAGAGAAGCGCUUUGAGACGUUACGGAGCAUGUCGCUGGAAAAGACUGGAGGGGGAGGCAAAGAUCAAAUCCCGGACGAGCUUAUCGCGCUCCUUCAGGAUCAGUGCACUAAUCCUUUCUCCCCCAUCCAGCCGUUGGACCCCGAAGGACUAUCUUCUCAAGGGCCAGGGGGCACCACUGUACCACCCUGUGUGCGUGUGGAGGAAACGGACUUCCACAAUGACUGCUACCUGGCUCUAGAACACGGGCGACAGUUCAUGGACAACAUGUCUGGUGGGAAGGUGGAUGAAACUCUGGUGAAGAGCACGUGUUUGCACCAUUGGGCCAAACACAGCGCGGUGGAUGUGAGUGGACUGUGCUCUCAGGAUGUGUUGAGAGUUCUCCUCUCUCUCCAGCCUGUUCUGCAAGAUGCCAUCCAGAAGAAGAGGACAGUUCGCUCCUGGGGUGUCCAAGGGCCUCUCACAUGGCAGCAGUUUCACAAGAUGGCUGGAAGAGGGUCUUAUGGCACUGAUGAGUCUCCAGAGCCUCUGCCCAUUCCUACCUUUCUGGUUGGGUAUGAGUAUGACUUUGUGGUACUUUCUCCCUUUGGCCUACCGUACUGGGAAAAGCUACUGCUGGAUCCCUUCGGCUCCCAGAGAGACGUGGGAUAUCUGGUCCUCUGCCCGGACAGUGAUGCUCUUCUCAGUGGAGCCAAGAGCUUCUUCAGAGAGUUGACAGCGGUCUAUGAGUCUUGUAAGCUCGGUCAGCAUCGACCAAUCUCCAAAGUGCAUGCUGAUGGCAUUGUCAGGGUGGGCGGAGCUGCAGCCAUGAAGCUCUCAGAACAGCCAGUCAAUGAUUGGUUCCUUAAAGCGGCUUGUGGCAGCAGUGAUGCGUUUGCCAAGCUCAAGCUGUUUGCGCAAGUCUGCAGACAUGACCUCGCUCCAUACCUCGCUGCACAGUCAUUGGACAGCUCCCUCCUCGUUCAGCCAAGCCCCGCCCCCUCUUCCACCCAAACAUCUUCCUCACAAUCCUCAGGCUCCACCUCCUCCAACUCCCAAACCUCAAUGGCCUCCGGAGGCCCCGCCCUAAACAACAGCAGUUCUGUCAGUAACAGUGGCUCAGGCUUGCCAGGCAACACCAAUAAUACCCCCUCAUCCUCAGGCCCUCAGGGCAGCAGCAUCCAGUCUACCAAGCCUAGCUCAUUCCCUCCCUUUGGAAGUAUGGGAGUCCAAGGUAACAGUUCCCAGUCUGGGGCUCUGGGCCAGCAGGCUGUCACCCAGAACUCGAGCCUCUCUGGAGACAAUUCAGCCGUCAACAGCCAGACUCAGGGGCCGUCUGAACCACCAGAGAGCACUAUGGAAAGAGAAAAGGUCGGUGUUCCCACAGAUGGGGACUCCCACGCCAUCACGUACCCACCUGCCAUCAUGAUCUACAUCGUGGACCCCUUUUCAUAUGAGGAGGCGGAGCCAGGGACAUCACAGUCAAGCGUAUGGACGCUAGGACUUCUCCGCUGCUACAUGGAGAUGCUGCAGGGCCUUCCAGCUCACAUUCGGAACUCUGUCUUUGUACAGAUUGUCCCCUGUCAGUACCUACUCCAGCCUGUGAGGAGUGAAGAGAGGCAACUCUACGCCCAGCACCUUAAGUCUCUGGCCUUCUCAGUCUUCACCCAGUGCAGAAGACCCCUCCCAAUCUCCACCAACGUCAAGUCACUGACGGGUUUUGGCCCAGGCCUCGCCCUCGACACCGCCCUUAGGAACCCAGAGAGACCGGAGUGUUUACGUUUGUACACGCCCCCCUUCAUCCUGGCCCCAACAAAAGACAAGCAAACUGAACUAGGCGAGACUUUCGGAGAGGCGUCACAGAAGUACAACGUCCUGUUUGUAGGCUACUGCCUGUCACAUGACCAGAGAUGGCUGCUGGCCACCUGCACGGACCUGUAUGGAGAGCUGCUAGAGACUUGCAUCAUCAGCAUAGACGUACCCAACAGAGCACGAAGGAAAAAAGGUUCGGCGCGUAGGCUGGGCCUUCAGAAGCUCUGGGAGUGGUGCCUGGGUUUGGUUCAGAUGACAUCAUUGCCAUGGAGAGUGGUACUUGGACGACUUGGACGAAUAGGGCACGGAGAAUUGCGAGACUGGAGUAUUUUACUGAGCAGGCGGAAUCUGCAGUCAGUGUCUCGGAGACUAAAGGAGAUGUGUAGGAUGUGCGGGAUCUCAGCAUCUGACACUCCCAGCAUCCUUAGCGCCUGCCUGGUUGCCAUGGAACCCCAAGGCUCAUUUGUCAUCAUGCCAGACUCUGUGUCAACAGGUUCGGUGUUUGGGCGCAGUACUACUCUGAACAUGCAGACGUCGCAGCUGAGUACCCCACAGGACACGUCUUGUACACAUAUCCUGGUGUUCCCCACCUCUGCCUCUGUACAAGUCAACAGCUCAAACUACACACAUGAGAACAUUGAUGUUUCAGAUGCAAUCGGAGGCAUCUUUGACCUACUGGAGCAGGAGAAUGACCUGGUGGAUCCUGACAUCAUAAAUAUCCUACCUGCCUCACCCACCACGUCCCCAGUCCACUCGCCUGGAUCCCAGUACCCCCAUGGAGGAGAUGGGAGCAAGGGUCAGAGUACAGACCGCAUGGAGUCUCAUGAAGAGGCUCCCAAUAUCCUCCAGCAGCCAUUAGCUCUGGGCUAUUUCGUGUCCACAGCUAAAGCAGGUCCACUGCCUGACUGGUUCUGGUUCGCGUGUCCUCAGGCACAGAACCAGUGUCCCCUUUUCUUAAAGGCCUCUUUACACCUCCAUGUGUCUUCAGUGCAAUCGGAUGAGCUUUUGCACAGCAAACAUUCUCACCCUCUGGACUCAAAUCAGACCUCUGAUGUUCUCAGAUUUGUGUUGGAGCAGUACAAUGCCCUUUCCUGGUUGACCUGUGACCCUGCGACCCAGGACCGCCGCUCAUGCCUGCCCAUCCAUUUUGUGGUGCUCAAUCAAAUGUAUAACUUCAUCAUGACCAUGUUGUAACACUCACUGAGCAGAACUGAAAGCAGGACCUUAUCAGGGAUCGGAAGAGACACGGAAAGAGGAGAGAGAAGAAAAGGAAGGAUGUAAAAAAACAUAACUACAGUGCUGGACUUUAUAUGUACGUGAAUUACUAUGGAGAUGAUCUGGGUAGGCAGUCACUACACCUGAGACCCAGCACUGUGGAGGAGAACCAGGCUUCUGAUGUUUAUAACACUCACUCGCUCAAAGAGCUAGAGAGGAUACAAGGAGAGAAGAACAUAUGGCCUUGGAUGAAUUUUCAGAAGUGUGGAGGCCAAAGAAGGAAGAAGAAAGUACUGACUGAUGGAGUGUUCUGAAUCUCUGGCUUCACUGUUACUACGACGAGAGCAGCAUGUGGUUCUGUGAUUACCAUGGAUUGGGCCAGUUCUUUAAUCAGUGUAUAUGGAGAAGAUAUCUGUAUAGAAUCUUGAUGGAGAGGGACUUCGAUGCUCUAUGGAAACGAGAGAAUGAAUUCUUGGUUUUAAGACCUCUAAUUCCCUGUUUCUUUUGGAUGGAAUUAUAUCCAAAUGAAAUGCCUGCAUUUGUCUUAUUUAUUGUAAGUUUUUAAAUGUAUAAUUUGUCUGAUUUCUUAACCUCUUUUAUAUAUAAAAAGUUCUAGAAGGUUUGUAUCGCCUUCCUGCUUUAAAGCAAAUGGUCAAAAAUAUAUGUAAUCGUCUUAAUUACAAAAACAAACAAAUGAAAAAACCCACUAAAAAGAGGAAUAAAAUAAAAGUUGCAGUAGGUUGCUUUUAGAGUAUUAUUUUUUGUAAGGGAGACAGAUUAUUUGUAUUGUCACGAUGUACAGAAGAGAUCGGAUGGGGGAUUUCUGUCCACGUCUUUGUGCGUGGACUCAAUUACAGCUAAGCUUUAGCUGCACGGGACUUGUACAGCAAUGAAGUUCACUGUGUUUAAAAAUAAAGAGGUACAUUGUCGUAUAUUGUAUUUUAUACCACACAUUUAGACACAAAAAACGAAAAACUGCAAUAUAUAAAUAAUUAUAUAUGAAUGCCGCACCAGCCUUGGGUGGCACUGCUUCUGUUUUAGGAAUAAAAAGAGUCAACUUCA